AUGAGUAGGAGGAGCCUUCGUAGCGGUGUGGCUGAGUCAGUCAGCUCUCGAUUGCACGCUCAAGACUCAACUUCAAGAUGUCAACGGGACAUGGAAGAUGCGAGUUCACUAUGGUCAUGGGUCUGCUACUGUGGGAACGUUGUCAAAACGCAUACAUCAUGGACAGUUUCUCAUCCUGGAAGGAGGUUUCAAGUAUGUGCAAGGAAGAAUGGAUGCACAUUUUGGGAAUGGGCUGACCUAGAGAUGUGUGACGGAUCGAAGCACAUAAUUCCCGGCUUGCUUAGGAAAAUAAAUUGGUUGGAAGAAGAAAAAAACUGUGGAAAAGGCAAGAUGAAAAACCCCUGGUUUUGGGUAUUGGAUGUAAUGGAAGAGAAGAGAUGUAUUUUAGAUCCGUUAUGGCAGACAUGA